AUGCUUUUGGGGAAGAUCCACAGCGGGGAGCGGCCCUACAGGUGCCCCGAGUGCGGGAAGGGGUUCAAGACCAGCUCCCACCUCCUCCUGCACGAGAGGACGCACACGGACGAGAGGCCCUUCCGCUGCGCCCACUGCGGGAAGGGCUUCACCCGCAACUCCCACCUCGUCAUCCACCGGCGCACCCACACCGGGGAGAGGCCCUACGAGUGCGGGGAGUGCGGGAAGGGCUUCUCCUGCAGCUCCAGCCUUCUGGUCCAUCGGCGCACGCACACGGGGGAGAGGCCCUACGAGUGUGAUGAGUGUGGGAAGAGCUUCUCUAUGAGCUCUGCCCUGACCUCCCACCAGCGGACCCACCGGUGA